GAGCUCGUGUUGUUUCUUCCGAUCAAAUGUAGUAACUUCCGAUCUGACAGUGAAUGGAAAGUCGUCGUCGGAGUGGAGCCGAUGAUGCACGACAGGGAGAAAGUUCCUUCACAGCAAACGAGCUCGUGCUGUUGCUUCCGAUCAAAAUGGCGUACCUCCCGAUCCGACAGAACAGGGACGUCAUCGAGGGAGGUGGAGGUAGGUCGGUCCUUCUCCUUCUCUCUCUCUCUCUCUCUGGAUCGGAGGAGGCUGAGGCGUCGGAGCUUGUGGAGUUCGGCCGGCUUUGGAGUUCGGCAGAGGGAGGAGUUUGGAUCGUGUGUGGAGUCGAGCGUGGAAAGGUAUGGGGAAAGGCUUGCGAUGUUUCAGCUCUAUUCGCUCGGUAUUUAAAGACCUGAAUGGGAGUGGGAUCGAGGGAUCGACGCAAGAUUUUUGCAGAAAUCUCGGAACGGCGCCGGAUGUACAGUGGUAUCGCGGGAUUUAGCACAGGCUGAACUUUCGAAACUGGGGGUAUAGAAUGGCCCCAUAGACGCCAAGUUCAAAAUUGAUGGAAUAGAAUCACAUGAUAAGAAAAGUAUUGAUGACAGAAAACAUCACUCAAUUUUUCUCCAGGUACCUUACAGCUGGGAUUAUAGAUUUUUCUUUGAGUUGCAUGAUAAUUAUUUACAUUAUUGCCCUCCUAUGUCCAUCCUGCCGCCCACCAAACAGUUAACUGGCAUAAUAGUUGACGUUUUAAUUUGCUCAAUUAAUUACUGGCAAUGCUUACUGUAAGACGGAAGAGAUUUGUGAUUUUGAGCUGCAACUUUGUGAUACUUCACAAAGUAUUAUAGGCAGUGCUCUGAAGGAAUUCAUAUUCUCAGGAAGGCUUGACAAUUUGUGCAUGUCAUUUUGUUCACUGAAGGCAUUGAUAGACUCAACAAGUUUUGAAAGUUCUCUGGAUGAAGAGAUUGGUGUGAGAAUGGUGGCCCUGUUUGAUCAUGAGGAGGUUUGAUCGAACUCAGCUCAAGGAGCUGAUUCUCCUGUGAUGUUAGAUGCCUUGUCCAGAAUAACAAAUUCUUUCAACUCUUCAAACACCAAGUUAGUUGACAAAGCAAUCCAGCAAAGUUUCCUCGUCUCCGCAGACAUGGCGCAUGCCAUACAUCCCAACUAUAUGGACAAGCAUGAGGAUAAUCAUCAACCUAAGUUGCACGGUGGGCUUGGGAUAAAGCACAAUGCUAAUCAGAGAUAUGUGACGAAUGCCAUCACAUCAUUUAUAUUUAGAGAGAUUGCUGAAAGGCAUGACUUGCCCAUUCAGCCUAUUUCUCAAAACAAGCGCUAUGUUGUGAGGAACGGGAUGCCACAAUUGAUUCCUUCAAAUCCAGUCGCACUAAUCAAAAGCAAUAUCCUUUCCACACAAUUAAAGUUGAAGAUCCUAUUGGAGCCAUUGUCAUGGUGGCAUUCUAAUAAAAGAAGUUUCCAUAAAGGCGUUGAUACAGGAGUACAAGAAAGCGUGGGCCAGUUCUUUAAACGCCACUUUGGAACUGAGGUGGUUGAUUAUAUGAUUGACCCUUUUGUGGCUGGUACCAGUGCUGGCGAUCCUGAAUCUCUCUCUAUGCGUCAUGCAUUUCGACAGUUAUGGAAUUUAGAAAAAAAGUAAGUUUCUCUGUUCCGAUAUUUUUUUUAUUUGUUUCCUAAAGAAUAUCAGUGAUCUUAUCAAAAUAAAUGAGUUUGGUUCUAAGCUUAUAAUCUGUUAAUCCGAAAAUAUAUUUGGACAAAUGCUUAGCUCAUGAGCAAUAUCUAGCCAUUUGGGUAUGUCUUUAUGACUUCUUUCUUUGCCAUUGAUUCCUUAUAAGAAAGGCAUGGGAAAAGAGUAAUCUCCUUUCAUUUUAUAGUGAUGUCUGAUGUUCAACCAUGUUACUUACUAAUCAAAUGAAAAAAGGUUGUGGUUUUACUUUGGAAUAUCUAUUGACUGACCUUCACUGAAUAGAGAAAAUAUGGCAAGUUUAAGAUAUUUCUAAAUUUAAUGAUGCUGAUUAUGAUGAUGUUAAAGACCUGUAGUAAUAUCACUUCAAGUAGUAGCAAUAUUGUUAUGAUGAGGAUUAAUAGAAUACUAUCACAACUGAAAAUUUCUACUCUCGUUUCUCUGCUAUUUUCAUUUUCUGUCAUAAUUUUGAUUUAACUAGUCUGCUGUGUGUUUUCUCCUUUUUUUCCUUUUCGGUGCUUCCCUCUAUAGUGGAGGAGCCAAGAUGCACCAUGUUCAUGGAUGAUAUAUGGCUUUAUAAAACAUGAAAGCACUACA